UCCACUUCUAAUUCCUAUGUAAAUAGCUGCUUAAAUUCAUCAGAGAAUUGUUAAUGAAAGUAAUCCCUUUAAUGAUGCAAUGUUACUCUCAGGACUGUGAAAGUUCAUAAAUUUAGACAUUUCCCUUCAGAUUGUUGAUAGCAAUACAUCCAAAGCAACUCUUGGUUCAUGCCCUCCCUUGGCUUGUUACAAGGGGUCCACCCAGUGUGCUGGAAGCAUUCCUCAUCUUCUGAUAUCAUCGGAAUAUGAUUCUGACUCCCAUCCACCUGUCAGUUCCCAUCUUCUCUUUCUGUCAUAUAUUUGUACUUCUGUUCAGUCUCCCUGGUUGGAGUGUGCUGCCUGCUCACACCAUCGUGCAUAUUUGCCCUUUGUGUAAUAGUAGUAGUAGUAGUCUCUCGGUGAUGGAGAAUGACUAUUGUCUUUGUGCAGUUUCAUCUACGGUGUACCCUCAUGUGGCUUUGGAGUCCAAAGGCUGAGGCGCAAUUGUGUAAUAUUCACAUUCAAUUGGAGGCUUUGCUCCAUCUUCUUAGUCAUCCAUCAAUACCAGCUAAUAAUAUUUUUAAUUUUUUUUUAAUUUAAAUUUUUUAAAUUGCUUUGGGGAGCAGCUUGGAGCAUUUUAUAAUCUCUUCAUCCACUUGUUGGUUUGUCCUGUGUAGAUGUUUAAACCAAACUUUUUUUUGGAAUGAUUAUCUCUCUGCAGCUUUGGGAGGCCUGACAGAACCGGCAUGAGGUCACCCCCCUACAAGGAAUCCCACAACCAUUUGGGGUCUGCUCGGAAUCUCCUCGGAGGCAGGAGUGAGCCCCUUCAGCAGGAGCCUCCCCUUUGUGACCAGAGGAUGGCUGACCAGGAUGAUUCCCUUUCUUGGAGGUUUCUAAAAAUCUUGAAGUAUCUCCAGUCAAUAGCCCAGACCUUUUGUGAACUUUUGAAGCCAGAGACUUUUAUGGGGAGGGCUGUCUAGGGAGCUGUCCUGUCUUGGCCAGUGUAUCUCCCUCCCCCACCACCUUCCUCCUACUUCGUUGCUUUUCCGUCACAGCUACAAGAUGCUUGAGUGGAUGUGUGAGGCAUGGGUUUAAAAAUCCACUCUUCCAUCUCUGUCGUCACGAGCAGGUAAGCCAUUUCCUGCCUGGCUCUGGGCCUCAAUUUACCAAUCUGUAAAAUAGGGGGGUUGGACUAGCUGGCCUGAGGGUCCUUCCAACAGUCUAUGACCUGAAGUCGUUUCCCGCCCCCGUGCCUCAGUUUUCCAGUCUGUAAAAAGGUCGAGCUCGAGGAUUCCCGAGGUAAGAGGCCUGCACAUCACAGAACUGGAUGGCCCCUCCGCCUCCUUUGAUAAAGGGGGAAGCUGAGGCCCAGAAGGAACGGGCUUGUGUUUGAGGGAGCGGGGCGGGGAUGUGCGGAGCGGGCCGGCACUAGGACCCAAGGGAGCGCUGGCGGCAGCGAUAAAUUUAGCUCUGGGAAGGCCCAGGGGUAGGAGGCUAAGAACAGCCGGGGCACUGCUCAGCUUCGCCCCUGCCCGGCAUGGACACGGGGCCCGCAGCCCCGGCAGGGGGCCCGGCAGAAGCCUCGAGCUCGGAGAACGGACGGCGGCUCGCGCGGGUUACGCCAUGGCUGCUUCUGGGCCCCGCGCGCGCCGCCACAGACGCGGAGCUGCUGGCACGCGAACACAUCACGUUCUGCGUCAACGUGACCCGGCAGCAGCCGUGCCCGCGCGCGCUGGGCGUGCGCACUAUACGCGUGCCCGUCUUCGACGACCCGGCGGAAGAUCUGCUGACCCACCUGGAACCCUGUUGCGCCGCCCUGGAGGCAGCCGCGCGCGCCGGCAGUACGUGCCUCGUGUACUGCAAGAAUGGCCGCAGCCGUUCCGCCGCUGUGUGCACCGCCUACCUCAUUAGGCAUGGCGGCCUCAGCCUGCAGCAGGCCUUCCAGGUGGUGAAGAAUGCCAGACCUGUGGCCGAGCCCAACCCAGGGUUCUGGGCUCAGCUGCAGAAAUACGAGGAAGCCCUCCAGAAAGGGCCGCCCCGAUCCCCGAGCAGCUUCCGAGAAAGGCUCGGGGGUGAAAGCCUGGCGGGGUUGACGCCUGAGCCAGCCAUGCCAGAGAGACGGGACAAAUCGGAGAUAGCUAACUCACUUCUAGCCUCUGUACAAGGAGCAAGUGAUGGUUCUUUUCAAGCCUGAAACCUUUAACUUUCCUUCUCGAAGGCUUUCUUCUCUCCUCUAGGAUCUGAAAUUAAAGUAGAGGCAAGGUUGAGAGGAAUUACAGGGAGCCUUUUGACAAAGUCAGAUCCUGGCAGCGGCUUCUUAUUCUUGGAGAGGUGCCUGGAACACCGACUCCAGUGACCUGCCCAGGGUCCUGCAGCCUGCCAGAAACAGAACUCGAACCCAGGCUUUCCCAUGGUGGAAGCUGACUCUCAGCACAUCUUAUGCUAUUAGUGCCAAUGCUACCAGGGUGUCUGCUGAUGGAGGAAUCUGGCCAUUGGCUCUCCAUCAUCUCUAAUUCUAGCUUAUCAGUUAUUAUCCAAAUAGAGCAGAGCUGUAUGGGCUUUACCCUUGAUAAAUUGAGUAAGGCUCAGUAAGUAGGUCCUUCUUGCAUGAUUAGUGAGUUGGUUAUUAUGUAUUUGAACAUAUAAUAACAAUAAUAAUACUAUGUAGCUGGCAUUUAUAUAGCACUUGAGAUUUACAAAGGACUUUUAACAUCACCACAAGAUAGGCACUGUUUUCCCAACUUUACAGAGACUUAGCACGUUUCUAUAAACUGCCUAAAGUGACUUUUGCUCACACUUGGACACAUAGGUAUUAGAGUUAGAAUCCAGGCUUCUCCUGAGUCAAGUUCACAGUCCUUUCCAGUAUAGCAUAUUGCUGUUGCAUAAAAGUACUGUUCAAGGAAAAACUUAAUAAUAAUUAGUGCUGUUCAAAAAUUGGAAUGAGUUACCCAAGAGGUAGAGAGGCCCCUGUCAUAGGAGGUAUGUAAGCAGUGAGGAUAAACUUGCCUCUAAAACUUUUUACUCUAACACAGGAAUUCAUUAGCCAAAACCCAUGAAUUUCUUUUUUUUUCUCUAAAUAUAUUUUAAAACUAUAUUUCGGUAUAAUUGAUUUCCUUUGCAAUCCUAUGCAUUCCAUGCAUUUAAAAACAUGGUUCUAAAUCUGGCCUUAGAUACAUGUUAGAUACUAAAUCUGGCCUUAGAUACUAGUUGAAAAAAUAAAUAAAA